AUGUCUACCAACGCCCGCUUCGACCCCGACUUCACCCCCUAUGUCGUCAACGCCAUGGGCCCCAAGACCAACGACCGCGCCCGCGUGGUCUUGGGCUCGUUGAUCAAACACAUCCACGACUUUGCUCGUGAGGUCGAGCUGACCCCCGCCGAGUGGAUGCUUGGUGUCGAGUUCAUCAACUCCAUUGGCAAGAUCAGCACCCCCAUCCGCAACGAGUGCCACCGUAUCUGCGACGUGAUCGGUCUGGAAUCUCUUGUCGACGAGAUCGCAAACCGCAUCAUCACCGAACAAGGCCUUUCCCCUACCUCCAAUGUCAUCCUCGGCCCCUUCUGGUCUCCCAACGCUCCGUUCCGCAACCUCGGCGACAGCAUCAUCCAAAACCCCAACCCCGACGGCAAAGUCACCUACAUGCACGGCGUGCUCACAGAUAUGGAAACGGGUGGCCCCAUUGAGGGCGCCGUCCUCGACAUCUGGCAGGCCUCAGCAAACGGCCAGUACGAUUUCCAGGACCCCAACCAGGCCGAGAACAACCUCCGCGGCAAAUUCCGCUCCAACGAGAAGGGCGAGUUCUACUGGUACUGCUACCACCCAACGCCCUACUCGCUGCCAACAGAUGGACCUGCCGGUGUUCUGUUGAACGUGAUGGAUCGCUCACCGAUGCGUCCGGCUCACAUUCACCUGAUGAUCACACACCCCGACUAUGCCACCGUUAUCAACCAGAUCUACCCAUCCGACGAUCCCCAUCUCGACAUCGACUCCGUUUUCGCCGUGAAGGACGACCUGGUUGUUGACUUCAAGCCCAAGACCGACGACCCGAAGGCGCAACUGGAUAUGGAGUACAACGUGACAAUGGCUUUGAAGAAGCACCACCCGAACCCCAACUCUGCGCCUCCAGUUUCGUCAUUUGAGCGAUUCAGCAAGUCUACCAAGGAAAAGCUAUGA